UUCCGUAUUGUUCAUCCCAUUCCAACGUAUUCAUUCCCUCAAACACAGUAAUGGCUUUGCAGGAAGAAGGGUGGCCUUUGGGUUUGAGACUAUUGAAUGCAAGAAUUGGGUUAACAGGAAAUGGUGAUUUCUCUGGAUCAGUUUCCUUCAGCACCAUUCUCACUGCUCCUCCCACACCUUCAACUGAUUAUUCAUCAGAUCUUGACACACAGUCCACUGGAUCAUUCUUCCGUGACAAGAGCAUCACGCUGGGAAGCCUCAUGAGAAUUUCUAGCUUCGUAGAAGUCUCAAGGAGAUCAAGCAGGGGAAGAAUGGUGCAAUCGUCAAAGAACAACGAAAGUAAUCACAAGCUGAGGCCUUGGUUGUUCUCACUUUGUUCAAAGCUAACUACUGAUGCAGUGAGUGUUGCUGCUCCCUCACUUGGUAACUAUCUUCUGUCAGAAAGAAAAUCUCCACAUCAUAGAAGGAAUAAUCAUUGUUCAACCAUUUAUGGACCCAAUGACUUGUUCCCGGUUCAAGAGUCAAAAUCGCUAUUUGUUGGUGGCCACGUUGCUCAUAAAGCGUUGGAACAAAGCAAUGGAUAUGGAACACCUGUACUCUGUUGUCUGUGCAGAUAAAUCGAUGAAAGAUGACCCUUUUGCUUCUCACGUUCUUCGUAUUUCGUUCCAAGAAUCUUGGAUUUCUUAAUCUGUUGCUCAACAGUAUCAAACCUUUAUCUUAUGUUUUGUUUGGUCACUAAGUUUCAAGUAGUUGGUACAAUUUAUUUUA